CACAGAGUCUUCCGCUUUAAACAAUAUCAUGUCUCGCGUAUUCUGCCAUUCACAGAAACUAAUUGAAAGAAAAUUGUAAAUAGAAGCCUGACCACAAGUAAGCUUGGGUAUUCCAGCCGAUGUACUUGCUCUGUCUCAGUCAGUCUUAUAAUAUCGAUGCACCGGUACGGAUAGAGCAGCAUGCAGUUUAAACUUUUGGCUCAUUUGCUGUCGUUUACGUUAAUUUCGAGCGUGGUAUGUCAAGGAGUAGCUACCAAUGGCACAAAAAGCGACCAAGAUUCUGCGUCAGAUCUUGCCACUUCUAACCCCGAAGAGUUUGAAGUGUUCCUAAAGAGCCUUAGCAAAAGCAAGAACAGAGAAUGCGAAUCAAGAACACUAAAAAAUGUACUGAAGGCUCUUUCAACUGCCCAACCGCGCUCAUACGUCUUCAUAUUUACAAAUGGCCCGGCCAAAGACUAUUAUUUGGUGUCCAAAGUACUCGAAAAGCUUGCCGAAAAGAAGAGCCAGGUUGUCUUUGUUCUCGGAGAAUUAUGUGCUGCUCCAAGUCACGUUGGGUACCAAGUGUACGAGCGCAUCGCCCGCCAAUCACUUGGUCAGGUACUCCAUUUAAGCAGGAAAGAUGUCGAUCUUGCACUGAGGUUUGUGGAAACUGUAAUUCACGUUGAUAAAGUCCAGCUUUUGGCGCUUAAUUCAAAGGAAUCUGGUGUAAGAACAUUCAAUUUCCUUGUUGAUCGUCAUUUGAAAAAUAUUGUUAUUUCAACUAUUGGCAAGAAGCAUGUCCAAGUUAAAAUCAAACCUCCAAAAAAUGCAAAAGCAAGCAAUGUCGAGAAGGUAAUAAAGACUUCGAGCAUGGUUGUCUCGAAAAUUGAAAAUCCCCAAGAAGGGCUGUGGAACGUAGUCGUCAAGAGCACCGGAAAUUACUCUAUUCGUGUGACAAGCAAAAGUCAGUUUUUCGUCAGUUACGGGUUUUCUACGACGAAAUACACUCAAAAGGACGAGAGCUUUAAACUUAAAAAUCAGCCUAUUCUUGAUGCGACUAACUACCUUUAUGUCUCCUUCAAAUCCAAGAAAAAGAGGGUUCAUUUGGGAAUACUGAGCCAGGUAGACCUGCUUACGCUAAACGGAAAGGUCAUCAGGACGCUGCCCGUGUCAUUAGAUUCCUUGCUCGAAGACAGUUUUGUUGUUAAGUUCAUUCCACCAAGAGAUCCUUUUCUUCUGCGGUUCGUUGGUGUAGACGAUGAAGGAGAUUUUGCACGCGUAUCGCCAAAUGUUGUAGACCCAAGUCUACCAGAUAGGCCACGUAUUACAAUGAAGAAGCAAUAUCGAGGAUUCAUGGGGCAGGAUUUAGCUUUAUAUUGCUACGUCGAAAGCUCGGUUCCGUUCACAGUGACAUGGAGUCAUGGUAAUACUCCACUGUCAAAUCCAACAAACUACGUAAAGAAUGUAAAUUCAAGUCUUUGGGUAAAUUCUGGCGCUGGCAGCGAAUUUACAUGCACAGCUAGAAAUAUUGCUGGUGUGAGCAGCCAGACAACUACUGUUAGUUUCAACAUUCCUCCCCCUAUCAUUGAGGAGAAUGGUAACAGAACGGCUCUGUUAGGAGAGAAUGUGUUUCUUCAAUGCCUUGCGUUCAGCACUGUCCCAAUCAAAAUCAAAUGGUACAGAGGCAACAAAGAAAUUCUAACUGACCGUAGAUUUGUCGUCACAACCGACUUGCAAGUGGCGAUAUCCAACGUCAGAGUAGAGGAUAGUGGAUGGUACUCCUGUGUAGCAAGCAAUGGAGGCGGGCAAUCAAUCAACUCAUUUUAUUUGAAGGUUUAUGAGGACCCUAUAAUCUCUGUGUUUCCACAAAUACAAGUCUUCAAAGUAGGAGAAUCCUUUGCCUUUGCUUGUGAUGUUGUUGGCCAAGUACCACCCUACAUCACUUGGUUGAAGGACGAUAAAAAUCUUCCGAAAAUUCCUCGUAUUCAACAAGAUCCCCCUACUCAGCUUUACAUUUCGGAUGCAAAAGUGACGGAUGAAGGGAAAUACGCUUGUGUGGCGAAUUACUCACACAUUCGCAAUGGUGUUGUUCUUAGGUCUUACUCAUUUGCUGAGUAUAGAACUCCACCAAAAGCGAAGAUACGAAUCCAAGACAUAUCUGCUCUCACUGGUAGUCCUGUCACAUUAAAAUGCUCUGCGAAGGGCAAGCCUGAACCGUCAAUUAACUGGCACAAGAAUGGAGAGCCAAUAAAACCAAAUAAAAGAAUCGUCACAUCUGAAAGGUCCCUGUUUAUUCUGGAGUCUAAAGUUGAAGACACGGGAAGCUAUUCUUGCGUGGCACAAAAUUCUGAAGGGCUUGAUUUUGCAAGCACCCAUAUUUUGAUAGGAACCAAGCCAACUAUAAAAGAGGAGAGAGUUAGACGGGUGGAAGUAAAAAGAAAUACAAACGUUACAUUAGAAUGCACAGCGAUAGGAAUUCCUAAACCUUAUGUUUAUUGGAUUGACAGUAAUGGAAAAGAGAUAGAAAAGAACAGUGGUGUGGUCAGGCUUUCUUCUGGAAAACUGCUGAUCACAUCGAUGAAGAAAAAGUACACAGGAAAGUACUUGUGCAAAGCAGAGAACCAAUUUGGCUCAGAGAUGGCCCAAAUCGAUGUGGAAAUCUUAGGCUUAGAAAAGCCCAAAAUCAGAAGCCUGAAGGAACCUUUGAUUUAUGCCAAAAUUAACAGCGACAUUAUCCUGCCAUGUGAAGUGACUGGCAAAACACAGCCAAAAUUCAAAUGGGUUCGACGUGGUGGAAAUUUCGAUUUAACCAAUGAUCGUUUUCAGAUUCUUGCGAACGGAAGUCUGUUGAUAAAGAAUGUAACUGCUGAAGACUCAGCAACGUACGUCUGCAAGGCCUCCAAUGACGUAGGGAGCACAAGAGCAGAUAGAAAACUCAUCGUUACAAUCCCGCCGACGUGGACGUUGAAGCCAGGUGAACAGUACGAAUUGUUUGAAGGCGAAGAGCUACGACUAGAGUGUUUUGCAUCCGGUAUUCCAAGGCCUCGCAUUUCUUGGAAACAUAACGGGAAGUUACUAGAUUUGAAAGAAGAUAUCUUGGUGAUCAAGGAAGUUAACAAAACGAGUAAUGGAACCUACAAAUGUAUUGUGAGAAACGAAGGUGGCAAAAUCACUGCUGAAACGACUGUUCUUGUCAAAGAUUUCAACGUCGUCGGUGUAAGCUCGUAUGAGUUAGCAGGGACCCUUCCCUUGAACAGGCCGUUGCAGACAAGAGAAAUCGAUAUCCUGCGAUUCGUGGUUCUACCGGAGGACACAAGAAUCAAAGCAGGAGUUUCACAAUUAUUCAGCUGCAUUGCCAGUGGCAACCCUACACCAGUGGUAACCUGGCAAAGAAGCGGAGUAGCAAUGGACACACCUCUGUAUAUUUUGCCUAAUAACAGCUUGGUAAUCAACAAUGCACGCCUUGAGGACGGUGGCUUCUACGCCUGCGUUGCCGAGAACGAAAGGGGGAAAAUCAUGAAAGAUUUCAUUGUUACCGUCGUUGUGAAUGGAGGAUUCAGCCAAUGGUCUGACUGGGGACCAUGCAGUAAGAGUUGUGGGGAAGGCAAACAGUUGAGGAACCGGUAUUGCAACAACCCUUCACCACAGAACGGUGGUGAUAAAUGUGAGGGAUAUUAUGUGCAACAAAGAGCAUGCAAUCAGAAUCCAUGUGUGAAGUCAACGCUUGCUUCUUGGUCUUCCUGGGGCAGAUGCUCUCAGUCCUGCGAAGGUGGAAGGCAGUCGCGAAUAAGACCAUGCUCAGCAGGAACCAGGGAUUGUCCACAUGGAAUGCAGUUUGAACAUCGACUUUGCAACAGAUUCAGAUGUGGAGGUAUUCUCGGGAUAACCGAAGUUAUAGGCAGUGUGUCUGGUACGGUGAACAGGCAAGAUAUUGGUUCAAUAGCUUUGAUGGCUGAUAUAAGCUAUGUCAAUCAGUUUGUGAAAAUCAGUCUCGAUGUCAAGGGCAUUCCCAAGCCGUUGCUUUACAUCAUGAGAUCAGUAGUCUCGUUUAUGGUACCAGUUUACUGGUCUGUCGUGAAUCAAGGCAGAGAUGGCUUCAAUGGAAUAUCGAUUGCAGCCGGGAAGUUCACGUACACUGGAAAGAUUAAGUAUAACGAUGUGCAAAUCUUGGUGACAACAUGCUUGGUUUCGGCGAUCCCAGGGAGCAAAUCAUUGAUGAUGGAGACUAGCUUAUCUGGGGAUGUACAACACUUUCCACGUAAGGGUUUCUCACCGCAGAAUUACAACGAAGUAUUUUUGCAAACAUCUCCAAAUUCAAUUUACGGCUACUCUGAGCGAUACAUUCUCAUUGGGGAAUCUUCAACGAAAUACAGCCUAGAACAUACAAUAACAUACGCAUCUGAUUAUACUUUAAAUUUCCCUGCCCAGACGUACAACGUGCGUCCGGAUAAACUGGUUCUCAAUGAAGAUGAAAUGUCUUUACGCCACGAGGUCACUGCGUCCUACCUCGAAGGGACAGAUAAAUGCCCAGACGGAUUUUUGAAAGACGACAGGUUCUGCGCGGACGUGAAUGAGUGCUUAGUGUCCACACAAUGCGAACAACUUUGCAUUAACACAAAUGGAAGUUAUCACUGUAGUUGCAACAAGGGAUUCUUCCUUUCCAGAGAUGGUGUUAGUUGUCAAGAUAUAAAUGAGUGUCGUCAGAGCUUUCAUAACUGUAAAAACCAUGAGCUAUGCAUCAAUACCAGGGGUGGCUAUGUUUGUAAAGAGAAACAAUGCUCUCGGGGUUUUGCAAGAGACGAGAAGACUCGAGAAUGUGAAGACAUCGAUGAAUGCGAGAAGGAUGGCAUUUGCCCGGUCUUGCAGACCUGUGUGAACACAAUUGGCUCAUAUGAAUGUAUGUGGGUCCCUUGCUCUGAUGCUGGAUUCGUGCGAGCAAACAAUGGGACAUGCAUAGACCUUGAUGAAUGUUCCGAUAACCCAGGAGUAUGUGCUCCAGACGAGGACUGUAAAAACACAUAUGGUAGCUAUCAAUGUGUGAAACACACAAAAUGUGACCCAGGAUUCAGACGAGACCCAAUGACUAUGGCCUGUGAAGAUAUCAACGAGUGCUUGCUGGAUGUUUGCAAGCCAAACGAGAUUUGCUUGAACAAGAAGGGCUCUUAUGCCUGUUUCACUCAAACGUGUGAGCCGGGUUUCGAAAACGUAGAUGGAAGAUGCGUUGAUAUCGAUGAAUGUAAAAGUAAUGAUGCCUGCUUACCAGGUCAACGAUGCUUUAAUAACGAAGGCAGCUAUUUUUGUUUUACUCUCCCAUGCCAAGCCGGAUACAAGCGAGUCAAUGGAACAUGCCAAGAUAUUGAUGAAUGUCAAAACGUACCAAGCCCUUGUCCUGAUGGCUCUUACUGUGCCAAUCUGAUUCCUUCAUUUGUCUGUGUUGUCGCACCUUGUAAAAAGGGUUAUAGAUUUGACAGCAAGAAGGACAAAUGCUACGAUAUCGACGAGUGUGCAGGAAAUAAAAACAAAUGCAACACUGUCUUCGAAAAUUGCGUGAAUACGUUAGGGGAUUAUUUUUGCGAACGAAAGUUGUGCCGAAUCGGUUACCAGAUGAGUGACAAGGGGAUAUGUGAAGAUAUUAACGAGUGCUCCAAUGCUUCGUCACCCUGUAAACCAGACCAGGAUUGUGUCAAUCUUGAAGGUUCAUACAAGUGUGAAGAGCUUGCUAUUAUCACCAAAGCACUAACAACAGCGACACCUAUCAAGCCAACUACUCAUAUGCCAAAUUUGAAAACAGAUAAUUCAUUGCCAAAAACUGCGCAUGUUUCAAAGAUUACAACCAAAAUCUCUCAGGUAAAUGCUGAUUUGGUGGUCUCGACAUCUCCUCCUGAAUCACAGAAGACGGACAAGGUUGUCAAUGAUAGAACAGCCAUAAUACGUACAGAUGCAAUGAAGCAAGUCGCAACCACUACUGCAAGAACAAAUUCGAUCAAUAAUGAAAUUUACGAGAAUGGAAAGUCGACAACAACUAAAGAGACGGCAUAUUUGGCGAAAACGGAAGUGCCAUUUGAGCCUCAGACUGAAGAGCCAAAUACAUUUGAAGGAAUUUUCAACGUCAAUACGGUAGCCUCAACUGUGGAAAAUACAAACCAACCAAUAGUUAAAACUGCGAAUAAAGUAGAAAUACCAUCUUCUUCAAGCGUGAAAGAUUUUAAAGGGCCAACUUUUGAACCACAUUUGACAACUAAAGAGUCUUCAAAUAUUAUUUUCUCUACUUCUAAGCAUUCCACUAAUGCUAAAAUCUCGUCAACGCAUAAUCCAUCGACUACCAAAAGAGCAUCCUCAACAACUGAGUUUCCAACUGCUGUUCCACUAGUUACUGAUGAAUACGAAUAUGAAACUUCGUGGUGGAUAUUUGAUAGAUUUAAAACUCCAAAUAUACCCUCAACAACUGCCAAAUCUAGUUCCAGUAAUUUGCGGUUAACAAAGCCCUCUUCACCAACAACCAGAAAUAAGAAUCUUCUGACUAAAGAAAAUGCACAUGUAAAAAAAGAUACUUCAGGUGAAAACUCACCAGCUCCAACGCGGCAAACAUUACUAACAGAUGCUAAAGCUUUACUUAGUAAAACACCGUCAACUGAACCUAAAGCAGUCACAGAGAAACCAGUCAAAACAAAUCCUCCUGCUACACAAAGCACUGCAUCGCCCAAAGAACCCGCGGAAGUGACAGAGGAACCAGUAAAAACAGAUGCUCCUGCUGCCCCAAGCACUGCAUCGCCCAAAGAACCCGAAGUAGUCACAGCGGAACCAGUCGAAACAGAUGCUCCUGCUCCACUAAGCACUGCAUCACCCAAAGAACCCGAAGUAGUCACAGAGGCACCAGUCAAAACAGAUGCUCCUGCUCCACCAAGCACUGCAUUGAUUACUGAACCGGCAGUGGCCACAGAGAAACCAGUCAAAACAGAUGCUCCUGCUCCACCGAGCACUGCAUCGCCCAAAGAACCCGAAGUAGUUACAGAGGCACGAGUCAAAACAGAUGCUCCUGCUCCACCAAGCACUGCAUUGAUUACUGAACCGACAGUGGCCACAAAAAAACCAGCCAAAACAGAUGCACCCGCUGAACCAAGCACUGCAUCGCCCAAAGAACCCGAAGUAGUCACAGAGGAGCCAGUAAAAACAGAUGCUCCCGCUGAACCAAGCACUGUAUCGCCAACUGAACCCAAAGAAGUCACAGAGGAACCAGUAAAAACAGAUGCUCCCGCUGCACCAAGCACUGCAUCGCCCAAAGAACCCGCGGUAGUGACAGAGGAACCAGUAAAAACAGAUGCUCCUGCUGCACCAAGCACAGUAUCGCCCAAAGAACCCGCGGUAGUGACAGAGGAACCAGUAAAAACAGAUGCUCCUGCUGAACCAAGCACUGCAUCGCCCAAAGAACCCAAAGUAGUCACAGCGGAACCAGUCGAAACAGAUGCUCCCGCUGAACCAAGCACUGCAUCACCCAAAGAACCCGAAAUAGUUACAAAGGCACCAAUAAAAACAGAUGCUCCUGCUCCACCAAGCACUGCAUUGAUUACUGAACCGGCAGCGGCCACAGAGAAACCAGUCAAAACAGAUGCUCCUGCUCCACCAAGCACUGCAUCGCCCAAAGAACCUGAAGUAGUUUCAGAGGCACCAGUCAAAACAGAUGCUCCUGCUCCACCAAGCACUGCAUUGAUUACUGAACCGGCAGUGGCUACAGAAAAACCAGCCAAAACAGAUGCUCCUGCUCCACCAAGCACUGCAUCGCCCGAAGAACCCGAAGUAGUCACAGAGGCACCAGUCAAAACAGAUGCUCCUGCUCCACCAAGCACUGCAUUGAUUACUGAACCGGCAGUGGCUACAGAAAAACCAGCCAAAACAGAUGCUCCUGCUCCACCAAGCACUGCAUCGCCCAAAGAACCCGAAGUAGUCACAGCGGAACCAGUCGAAACAGAUGCUCCCGCUGAACCAAGCACUGCAUCACCCAAAGAACCCGAAGUAGUCACAGAGGCACCAGUCAAAACAGAUACUCCUGCUCCACCAAGCACUGCAUUGAUUACUGAACCGGAAGUAGUCAAAAAAGAACCUGUAAAAACAGAUGCUCCAGCUCCAGCAAGCAUUGCAUCGCCCAAAGAACCCAAAGUAGUCACAGAGGCACCAGUCGAUACAGAUGCUCCAGCUCCACCAAGCACUGCAUCGCCCAAAGAACCCGAAGUAGUCACAAAGGAGCCAGUAAAAACAGAUGCUCCUGUUCCUCAAAGCACCGCAGCAGCAACCGAACCUGCUGUAGUCACAAAUGCGCCAGUUAAAACAAAUGCGCCUGGUCCUUCAAGCACUGCACCACCGACUAAAGCUCCAGUGAUCACAAAGACCCCCAGCAAUACAGAUGCGCCUAAUCCAUCAUCGGUGCAAAGCUCGUCAGCACCAACCAAACCGUCAGUGGAUACAGAUGCGCCUAUGAAAACAGAAACUUUUGUAGCACCCACUGUAGCAACAACCAAACCUCCAACGGUUGUCACUGGUGAAGAAACUGAAGUAGUUUGCCCCUUUGGAUAUAAAGCAAAAUUGAAAGGGGUGUGCGAAGAUAUUGAUGAAUGUAAUGAACGGAGCCACUCAUGUCAUGAAGACCAAAUUUGUGUCAAUAUCAGAGGAGGACAUCGUUGUGCUUGUCGUCGAGGCUUUAGGAUGAGAGACGGCGAUAGAAAAUGUGUUGAUGUCGAUGAAUGUCGAAUGAGUCUUCAACUUUGUCAGCAAGAUUGUGUCAAUACUGUUGGGUCAUACAAUUGUAAAUGCAGAGCAGGCUAUGUCCUAAGGAAGGACCAGAGAACAUGCAUAGCUGAUAAACAGACAUCACAGUCAAAUAUGAUUGGUCGUAGAGCUAAAGUGCUAUAUGCCAAACCAAUCAGAUGCUUUAACUUCAUGGGCUCUACAAUGUGCUUUUGUCCGCAGACAUUUAAAUGGAACAGAUAUGGUAUGAGGUGUGAAAAAACUAUUGUCCUCCAUAAUUCUGUAAAAGAGCGUUUCUUACUACCCAAUCCAAACAGGUGUUUUAUGUUCCACAACACAAAGUUCUGUCGUUGCCCAAGUGACUACAAGUGGGACAUGGCUAGAAGGCAUUGCCGAUGGUCACCUUACAUGAAUGCUGACAAUGAAGUUGGCCUGCAACAAGGUGGUAUCAAUGUGAAGGAGUCUGACGUCAUUCAAGCUGUCAAAUCAUCACAGAUAACAGCAGCCGUACCAACCACUGUUGCUGUGACAACCAAACAACUCGUGGUAAGAACAACUGAAGAGCCGUGCCCUGAAUUCUUCGCAAGGGCAUGUACACAUAAAUGUAUGACUAUGAACAAAAUGUAUUUGUGUUCAUGUCCUGCUGGCUAUCAAAAAAAAUAUCAUGGGCAUUGUAGUGAUAUAAACGAGUGCACUGCCGGUCAGAAUGGAUGCACCAAGCAGCAAUACUGCUUCAAUACACUAGGAUCUUACCGAUGCGUUGACCUGAGCUGCCCAGAAGGCUUCCUACAUUAUGGCAAAAGAAUGUGCAGAAAACCCUGCACUAAGCGACCAACAGGACCUCGGGACAUUUGCACGGACAGAUUCAUUAACUUCCGACAGUUUGCUGUUCCAAAAGGGACAAAACAAGGAAGUCGACUAGCAACAUUGAGAUCGUCGCAUUAUUAUAGCUUCUUUGGUAAAUCACAGUUUUACUUCAGAGAUGGCCAGUCUUACUUCACCCUUCGUAAUUUUGGCGCUGCAUGCUCCCUUAACACCAAGAGGGAUCUUAUUUAUCCAGGAGACUACAGUGUCGAGAUAGUUGGUGAUGUAAUAAACAACAAAGGACAACUGCUAUGUAGAACAACAUUUAAGAUUCUUGUCAAUGUCGGAAACUAUGCGUUUUAGAUGAAUUUGAAUGUGAGUAGGCGCCGUAACCACGGCACUGAAGGCCUAGGAAAGAACACGUAAAAUGAGAUUGAAUUUCUUGGUGACAGGUUUUAAAUGCUGAAAUUUGAAGAGCAAGUAGUUGUCUGUAGCUUAAGAAUAUUGUCGCGCCUGUCCGUUGAAUAGGCGUGUGGCACAGAUGGAAUCUAGUGUACACGCCCAUGAUAUCCGAUGACCAUGUUAUGAAACAGCUAUCGUUUCCAUUUCUUCUGCUUUAUAGUUUUCUCUAAUACCAACUUAUAUGUAACUACAACAAAAAUAUAUCAGCUGUCGAAUUAUUCACGUUCCAAACCAAAGCAGUGAUACCCUUUUCAGCUUUUUGAUAAUUCUUGGUUUCAUCUCAGAUUCUCAGUCCAUCGUCGAUUCCACAGUUUCUAGAUUUUAGAACCGAUUAGAUUUGGUCAAGGGUACCCGCCUGAGAUAAACCUUAUACUCAAUAAAAGAAGGUUUUCAUUUUUAAAGAAUUAUAAACUCACAUUCCAAAGUUUUCUAACGCAAGAUGAAUCGAUGAUUUUUCAAAGAAGUAGUUUUCCGUUUGUUCAAUCUUUUCAAGUCUGGGCAUUCGAAGCAAGUUGAGGUUGAGGUAGAAACAGAAGUGUUCUCUACAGUCUGUGCCCUGAACAAAGUGUAGCUUUUUCAGUAUAUAUGACGGAGUAUUAGUCCCUAAUGCAAAAAGUAGGGUCAAACGGUUAAACUGUAUUAUAGAGCAAUUAGAAAUUUUUUAAUACACCAGGAACAAUUUUGCAUUUUAUGCUGGUUUUCUAACCUUAGAUUCAUUUUAAUUUCAUGUAAAUUAAAACUGCUAAUGUAGCUCAGUCUAUAUAACGUGUCAGGAGGUUCGAAUUGUAACGAAGAUAUUUUAUACCUAAUACUCUACCUAUAUAUAGAUAUAUAAAUAUAUGAAUAUAGAAAUAUAGUUAAUCCUUAGUCACAACGAUUGAACGUUCUCUCUUUCUUUAUUUAUUUGGGUAUCUUAAUUAGAAAAUUUUCUUGAUUUAUCUAGAAUUUUUACUGAUAACUUUGUAAUAGACAAGGGUAACAAUUGGAAAAUAAAAACUUCAUCACCCUCGCUGUUU